UAGUUGCAGUAACACCUAUCAGCACCAACAGCACUAGCACCCGUACCAUCAACCAUUAACACCGGCACCAACUGCAUCGGUGGGUAUAAGCAACGGCACCACCACCACCAUCACCACCAAACACAGCACCAAGAGCAGCAUUAACAACACCAACACUAGUAACACCCGCACCGGAAGAAGCACCAGCAGAAUUAGCACUAGGAGUAGCAUCAGUACCACCACCAACAACAGCAGCAGGAGCAGCAGCAGCAACAGCAGCACCAAGAACAGCAUUGUCUGCACACUAAGGCUGAGUGAAGAGUGGGAUAGAGUCCAGUGUUUCUCACCAUAUCAUGAUGCAAGAUUUUCCACGUAGUGUGCUGCAGAAAAUAGUGUAUCGCUGGCUUAGAAAGAAAUGCUGCGUCAAUUUCAUCGUUUGUUCGAUCGUCCUCAUUUUCAUGUUACAGAUGAUGUUCAGCGGGGACGACGAGUUACUGCUGUCCUUCAAUGAAACCUACGUCACACCGUUGCGGUUAACCCCCAGGGAGCUGUUUCACCUGAGAGCCAACGUGGACAACAGCACGCGGGAGCAGCUACAUGACGUGGUGGGUCGAGUGUACAACCUUCCGCCACUCUACAGCAUAGAGAAACGUCCGUAUCUGGCCAGUAAAUGCGGCAAAUAUCCUAACCUCGUCGACUUGUCCUUCAGUAACGUCUACUGGCAAGUCUUUCACUCUAGCGAAGGAACGUUUUAUUUGUACAGCGCCUUCUUCGAUAACCGCACCCUCACUCGGCCAGGGCCGUCUGUACGCAUCCUUGGCAUGGUGGACCGAGUCAAACCUGCCGUCAAGACUCACUGCCAGCUGUGGUACGAGGGCCAGGGUACUCCUGUGGUGGCCAAGGUGAUCGAGUAUCGGUACCUUUGGGUCAGGGGCUGGGGCAACUAUAGGAACGGCAUCCUGCAACCAUACUUGUUGCAGUGCGUCAUUCCUGAAUCACACAGGCAACGAGUCCCGCAGUCAGUCUCACUGGUGGAAGGACGCUGCAAUCGGUCCACCAACAACCUACGAGUGGUCCACAAUCUUCCACCUGGAGGACAGAAACAAACUUUUGCCAUAUGUGUAAAGGGAAUGGCUUUUUCCGAUGACUUGAGUGUCAAAUUAGUGGAGUGGUUAGAGCUACAGUUCCUGUUAGGGGUGGACAAGGUCUUUCUCUACGACUUGGAAGUCCAUCCCAAUGUUACCAAAGUGUUAAGAUUUUACGAAUCUCAAGGUAGAGUUGAUCUGAAGAGUAUGACGCUUCCAGGUGAGCAACCCAGCGUUCGUGGGCUUAUUAGGUCAUAUAUUAACAAGAAAAUUACACACAAGCGGCAAAAUGAAGUGAUUCCGUACAAUGAUUGUUUAUAUAGAAAUAUGAACCUUUACAAAUUCAUUGUACUGCUCGAUACUGACGAAGUCAUCAUGCCCAGAGCAGUCCCAAACUGGAAGGAGCUGCUGGAACAAGUGGCGCCACAAGUUAUGUCGGGAGAGGAUCAUCCAUACGCCUCUUACUACGCACGCAACGUGUAUUUCUUGGAUUCAAUGCAGGACAAGCACGGGUGGGCGAUGGACGUGCCUCGUUUCAUGCACAUGUUGCAACACCUGUACCGCGCUGCCAACUACACAGCAGCCACAAGUUACAUAAAAGCUUUCCAUGACCCUCAGCUGGUGCUCACGCUACACAAUCACUUUCCUUUUUCCUGCUUGACACCCCACUGUCGUUACUUCCGCAUCCCAACAAAGGUGGCUCACCUUCAACAUUACCGUGUGCAGUGCGUGUCUGAGCUUAAAAAAGUGUGUCCGUACUACAGGAACCACACCGUCCUGGACGACGAUAUCCUCAAGUUUAAGGAGGCUCUGCUGCGCGGCACACUCCACACGCUGCGUCACCUCGGGUUCCUGCAGGAAACAUGACGCGUAAAUUAAACAGAGGAGCAUGGGCCACCGUAGAUCCUAUAAUACGCUGUACUACAGUCGACAGGUUGUGGAUCAGGUUGUUCUGUGGAGUUGUCGUUACAAAGUCCUAGCUGGAGCAAUCUCAUACCAACAGAAGCAUUCACGUAAUAAUAAACAAGAUCAAUAUCA